AUGCUGGGGCUGCUCGCCCGGCCGUCGCUCCGGCACGGCGCGCCGCCGUCUGUGCUGCGCACAGCGGUGCGGCUCUCCGCCUCGCUGUGGCGGCACGAGCACCUGUGCCUCUCACCAGAGGGCCGCUACCGCGUGCACCGCCGCGUCAACAAGCCCACCGCACCGCUGCGGCUUGAGGCGGUGCGUGGCGUCAAGGGCAGGGCAUUUCUCCACGGCGUGCUGCUGCCCGACGGGCACGUCUUGCCCUGGUACGGCCGGCCGGGCAACGACUUUGUCCAGUUCUGGCGGCAUAAGGUGGCGGAGUGGCGGGCGCUGCUCGCCGCAAGGGCAGCGCGCGGGCUGCCCGAGGUGUUUUGCUGCCCGCGGUGCGACGGGAUCCUGACGCGGCUGCCGCGCCCCGAGGGCUUCGACGAGCUCUUCGCCGAGGAUCGCUACCGUUGCGACACGCCGACAUGCCGCAUCGACGAGGCGCGCGUGCGCAAGACGAAGACGGUCGCCGUUGUCGAGGUGUUGCGCGGUGUCAGGGAGGACAAGGCGUGGCGGCGGCUCGUGCGAGGGGAGCAGGAGGACGAGCACGCCGCCGGCGAGGCACAGCCGCAGCGUCCGCCGUUGCCGCGCGGGAGGGCUUCCAAGGUGGUGGACCUCCCGCCGCUCGAGGCGCCCGAGGCGGUGGCGGCGGCCGAGGCGCUGCGGCGGCUGCGCGAGGCGAGGGCGGCGGCGGCGGCGGAGUCGGGCGGCGGAGAGGGCGAGGGUACUCGCGAGGGUGGUGCGGAGCCGUCCAGGGAGGCUAGGCACGAGUACGGUAGGUUCUGA